AUGCUUCCUCCUCGUGCUUACACCUUCAUUGGAUUGAACGCAAUCCGCGUUCUGAGUAUCAUCGCUCUCCUGCUGGUCUUCGCAAGCAAUGUUGUCACCCUCGCAAAUGAUAUCAAGGCAGUCAACCACUUUAUGGACGCGAGCAAGCAGGCAGAUGCCACCACCGAUGCCACUGGCUCCUCGAACUCGACGAUAGACGCGAUGCGAGACGCAGAUUAUAUCAUGGGAAGCACCGUGCCGAACCAGCCAGCAGGCGCCUUCUGGGCCGUGCUCAACAGGCUGUUUAUUAUCUUCCAAACCAUCGUGCUCAUCCUCUCUGAACUCGGCUGGCCAGCGAGGUUCUUCGACCGGUAUUUCCCUGUCCUCGGGAAGGAGUUUGGAUUGGGUGCUCUCGGUCUCAUCCAGAUGCUAAUCGGAGCUGCCAUUCUCUCUCACCGCGUCGACACCUUCACCCUUGUCUCCGCCUUCUUCCUCUUCUCCCUCGGAUGCGUGAACGUCUUCGUCGGGCUCAUCUUCCGACAAGGCGCCAAGUCGAAGCGCUCCAUCACCUCAUGGCGGGAACACGCGAAGAGCGCCCUCCCGACGCACAUCGGGCCCAUCAACGUCGCCUCCGUCGUGUCGAGCCCACCCUCGUUCGUGUCAAACUUGUACACCGGUGGCAGCGCGGCCAGCCACGUGAGCGACAGCAAGGGCAGCUACGCCGGCGAUGAGAAGGACAAGUUUGCUGGGUUUGGGUUUGGCAGGCAGGGCGAAAAGGCUGCGGCAUUGAAGGGAUUCUUAAUCUCGAAGCCGGUCGAGUCGUUGCCUCGGUACGCUCCCUCACCCAAGGCUGGGAGCGUGUAG